AUGUUCCGCCUCGCUCUCCGUGCCGCCCCCCGCGCCGUUCCCCGUGUCGCCGUCCCCAUCUCGGCCCGCGCCUACUCCGCCGCCGCCCUCACCAAGGAGGACAUCACCAAGCGGGUCAUGGACGUCCUCCGCUCCUUCGAGAAGGUCGACCAGGGCAAGCUCACCCCCACUGCCAACUUCACCAAGGACCUCGGUCUUGACUCGCUUGACACCGUCGAGGUUGUCAUGGCCGUUGAGGAGGAGUUCGCCAUCGAGAUCCCUGAUCAGGAGGCCGACGCCAUCAACGCCGUGAACGACGCCAUUGAGUACGUUGCCCAGACCCCCGAGGCCCAUUAA